UGGGCGGGACGGAGUAUGGCGGCGCCCGUGAGGCGGCUCCUGUUGCGGGGAGCGGGCGCCUGCAGGUGCCUCGAGCGGCCCUGGUCGUUCGACCUGGGCUCCCGUAGCCUCACGAUUGCAGCCCCAGCUUUCGGGAGUGAGUCGCCAUGGCGCCUCUUGGGCGCCGUGUGCCUGCAGCGGCCCCCGCUGGUCUCCAAGCCGCUGAGUCCGCUGCAGGAAGAGAUGGCAGCCCUGCUGCGGCAGAUAGAGAUAGAGAAGAGCCUGUACUCUGACCACGAGCUCCGUGUUUUGGACGAAGCCCAGCGGUUGGCCAAGAAGAGGGCAGAUCUCCAGGAGGAAGAGGAGGAGGAAGAGAAGGGGGAGCCGGGGAUAAUCCUGGCGCAAGACCUGGAGGACACGUGGGAGCAGGCAUUCCUGCGGUUCAGGCCUGGGGCCCGCACCACAGAGGCUGAUGAGAAGAAUGACCGAACGUCCCUGCAUCGGAAGCUGGACAGGAGCCUGGUUCUGUUGGUCAGACAAGAGCUUGGUGGCCAGGAUGUGUGGAUGCUACCCCAGGCUGAAUGGCAGCCUGGGGAGACCCUGCGAGGGACGGCUGAGCGGACCCUGGCUGCAUUCUCAGGGAACAACAUGAGCACCAAAUUCCUUGGAAACGCGCCGUGUGGACACUACAAGUUCAAGUUUCCACAGGCCAUGCGGACAGAGAACAGCUUUGGGGCCAAAGUCUUCUUCUUCAAGGCCCUACUGUUGGCUGGAGACUUGAGUCCAGCUGUAGAGGAGACCUGCUAUGCUUGGGUCAGCCUCGAGGAGCUGGGCGACUAUCUGAGCCCGCGCUACCUGGCCCAGGUGAGGAAGUUCCUCCUGGAUCUCUGACACAUGGAGCUGCUUGUGGCAGUGCCCACCGGUUCAGGCUGGCCUCCCAGUGUCUGUGGCAGCUUAUGGGUGGAGGCAGGAGGAAACCACUGGCUGCGCUGUGACACAAUAAAGCCUCCUCAGCUGGU